CACGGAUAUUACUCUGAAGGGAUCGCGCCGGAAGUCUUAUUGUUACCGGAGCAUCCUGCCGUUGGAGGAACUUUACAUCUUUGCGUAGAAGAAGACAUGCUAACGGCUGACAGGUCAGACUACACGGUGUGUGAAUCAACACACGGGGAAUUAAUAACACGUUAAGUUUUGAUAUAACUUAUUUAACAGUUUAGCCAUGUCCGGAGCGUUAGCCAGGCUGCUCUUCUACCCGACGUUAGCCUACAAUGUUGUCAUGGAGAAGGUUUCGUCCAGACGGUGGUUCGACCGAGUGGACGAGACGGUGAUCCUCGGAGCUCUGCCGUUCAGAUCCAGCACCAAACAGCUCAUAGAAACAGAAAAUGUUCGAGGGGUUAUCACCAUGAAUGAAGAGUAUGAGACUAAAUAUUUCUGCAACUCUGCUGAGGAGUGGCGAGCUGUCGGGGUGGAGCAGCUCCGGUUGAGCACGGUUGACCUCACCGGUGUCCCCAGCCUGGAGAACCUGUGUCGAGGCGUGGAGUUCGCCCUGCGGCACCGAGAGCGGGGAAGCAGCGUGUACGUCCACUGCAAGGCCGGACGCUCCCGCAGCGCCACACUGGCUGCUGCGUACCUCAUACGGUUACACUGCUGGACUCCAGAGGAAGCCUGUGAGAAGCUGGCAUCUGCUCGACCACACAUCUUGGUGCGCUCGGCACAGCUGGAGAUGCUGAGGGAAUACUACCAGCAGGUGUGUGGACAGAGCAGCUGAGAGAGCAGGACGGCAGCUCAGACCUCAUUAUGUUCCUGCAGCUGCUGGAAGACUGGACUCAGAGCUCUGGACAAUCCUGCAUAUCAGAAUGUUCGCCCACUGAAAAAAUAAGUAUUUUCCCGACUUUUCCCCAACAUUUUAAAUUCCAAUUCUCAAGAUUUUUUCACUGAAAAUUGGUACAUUUUUAGUUGCUAAUUCACAAUAUUAAUAAACAAAAAAAGCCAUUUCUAUGGGUAAUAUCAUAGAUGUUUUUCUAACCCAUAUCACAUCAAACCUGCACCUUACCUUUCACUCCCAGACUAUAUGGUUUCUUGCUUGUGGCUGAAAAAUAUUCAAAUAUUUGAAAAGUCCUUUUUUUUGGUUUUUGUAACCUGCAAGUCAACUUUGCAAUACUGUUUUGUUUGUGCCUGCAAUAAUAAAAAAAAACAAACUCCACUUCCUCAAAUUGUUUAGUGCUUGUUGCGCUUAGGCUGCAGUGGUUCAACAAGAAGAGGGCAUUUGAGUUCAUUAUUCUGCAAUGAAGUGGUUACUGUGUUUACUGGAAAAUGUUUCAUCUUGUUUUAUUAUAUUUUCCGAUGGUGCCUCAUAACUUAAAAAAUACUGACAGUGAUGUCAAAAUAAAACAUUUGUGUGAUGAAAA